AUGGCCAAGGGCGAGAACCGCAAGAAGGCCGCCGGCAACGCGAAGAAGGCAGAGGUAGCAGCACAGAAGUCGGCGGCAAACAACGCAAAGAAGGAGGAAGCAGAGGCAGCAGAAUGGAAGAAGGGUGGCAAAGAUAACAGCAAGGCUGAGGCAGCGGCAGCGAAACAGGCAGAAGCAGCACGAAAGAAGGCCGAGAAGGAAGCACUCCUUGCAGAAGAAGAGGCCUCGCUGCCUACGAAAGGCGGCAAGGGUAAAGCAGCACCAGCGAAGAAGUCACGCGGUCUCGAUCUGUCAGGUCUUGAUGCGCCCUCAUCUAAGAAAGAGCUCGCAGCACUGAAUGCCACUGGUAUCGACAACGCUCUCGAUGCACUCACAUUGACGACCGACAACAAAGACAAGAUCGACCGCCACCCCGAGAGGAGAUUCAAGGCAGCAUAUGCUGCUUUCGAGGAGCGACGACUGGAAGAGAUGAAGGACGAGAAGGGUCUGAGGAGACAGCAGAAGGUCGAUCAGAUUCGCAAAGAGUUCGAGAAGCACCCAGACAACCCGUUCAACCAGGUACAUGGAACGCACGAUAUGUCCAAGGAAGAGAUCGCUGCGCUGAGGGAUAGCGAGAAGACCAAGAAAGAGUCGUUCCUCACUGGUUGA